AUGUCCGUAAAACCGAUUCGGGAGCAUGCCGGCAAGGCUUUGUUGGAGAAGCUGCUGCCGGAAAUUUCUGGUGGCAAGCACAAGAUGGGCCAUGCUGGAGUUCUCGUGACCCCCUCCGUGUUGGAUUCCACCAGCAAUGGCAGUUGGGACAAGAUCUUGGAGCAGAACCCCUGGUUGAAGACCACCAAUUUGGUGGCCAAGCCAGAUCAGUUGAUCAAGCGCCGUGGCAAGGCUGGCCUGAUUGCGGUGAACAAGACUUUUGACGAGGCAAAGCAGUGGGUGAUGGACCGAAUGUGCAAAGAGCAGAAAGUCGAGCAUGUGACUGGGCAGCUGACGCACUUCCUUGUCGAACCUUUUGUGCCUCACAAGCAAGAACAGGAACACUACAUUUGCAUGCUUUCCCAUCGCUACCAUGACGAAAUUCUCUUUUACCAUGAAGGUGGGGUGGAUGUCGGUGAUGUGGAUGCAAAGGCUGAGCGGUUGGAAAUUCCCACAGGUGAGGCUUUGACGGAAGCUAUGGUGACCCAGAAGCUGCUCACCAAGCUGACAGCUGCAAAGCAGGGAAGCAUGGCCUCGUUCAUUUGCAGUUUGUACAAGUUCUACACAGACUUGCACUUUGCAUACUUGGAGAUCAACCCUUUGGUUAUGUUGGAUGACAACACGGUGGUGCCCCUGGACAUGGCUGCCAAACUUGAUGAGACUGCCAACUUCCUCACUGCGCAGAAAUGGGGAGAGCUUGAUUGGCCACCUCCCUUUGGCCGCGCAGCCUAUCCUGAGGAAGCACUGAUCCGAGACAUGGAUGGCCGAACGGGUGCAUCCCUGAAAUUGACGAUCCUCAAUGAGAAGGGCCGUGUUUGGACCAUGGUUGCAGGAGGAGGUGCUUCUGUGGUGUACGCAGACACGGUUGCAGAUUACGGCAUGGGCCAUGAACUUGCCAACUACGGUGAGUAUUCUGGAGCCCCUUCCACUGAAGAGACCUUUGUCUAUGCCAAGACUCUGCUUUCUUUGAUGAUGAAGUACAAACACCCAGAAGGAAAGUUCCUGAUCAUCGGUGGUGGCAUUGCCAACUUCACCGACGUUGCAGCAACCUUCACAGGCCUCAUCAAGGCUCUCCAGGAGUAUGCCGAUGAGAUCAAGGAGAACAAGAUCAAAAUCUUGAUCCGUCGUGCAGGGCCAAACUACUUGGAAGGUUUGCGCAAAGUCAAGGCUGCCAGUGACAAGUUGGGCCUUGGCAUCAAGGUUUACGGUCCUGAGACCCACAUCACCGCAAUCAUCCCCAUGGCCUUGGGCCUGGUGGACCCUCUUCCAGAGCCAGACCUUUCCGCUCCAGCUGGACCACCUGUCCGCAAAAUGAUUGACCUCAAGGGAGCCAAGCCAGUCGGCAAGGGCCACCCACCCGCACCCGCAGGAACCAAACACACCUUGGUCACUGCCACGCCGGACACCACAUCGAUUGUCUAUGGUAUGCAGAACCGCGCUGUUCAAGGAAUGUUGGAUUUCGACUACAUGUGCAAACGCAAGAAGCCUUCCGUCGAGGCUAUGAUCUUCCCUUUCUCCGGAAACCACUACGUGAAGUUCUACUGGGGCACUGAAGAGAUCUUGAUGCCUGUCUACACCACCACAAAGGAGGCAGUGCAGAAGCACCCCAACACUUCCGUUUUUGUGAACUUCGCCUCAUUCCGAUCAGUGCACGAGACAACCAUGGAGGCAAUGAACCACACCAACCUCAAGACCAUCGCCAUCAUUGCAGAGGGCGUGCCAGAGCAACAGACCCGGGACAUCAUCAAAGUCGCAGAGAAGAAGGGCGUAGGCAUCAUUGGCCCAGCCACUGUGGGUGGCAUCAAGCCUGGCUGCCUGCGCAUUGGCAACACUGGCGGCAUGUUGGACAACAUUGUGAUGUCUCGCCUCUACCGCCCUGGAUCUGUCGCCUACGUCUCCAAGUCGGGAGGAAUGUCCAACGAGCUGAACAACAUUGUUGCCCGCAACUCCGAUGGUGUUUAUGAAGGUGUGGCAAUUGGUGGUGACCGCUACCCUGGCAGCCGCUUCUUGGACCACUUCCUGCGAUACCAGGACGACCCCAAGGCAAAAAUGCUGCUCUUGCUGGGUGAAGUUGGUGGCCUGGACGAGUACGACCUCAUUGAUGCCAAGAAGAAGGGCCGCAUCACAAAGCCAGUCAUUGCUUGGUGCGUCGGUACUUGCGCAUCCUGCUUCACCACAGAGGUGCAGUUCGGACACGCCGGUGCUCAGGCUCGAGGUGACAUGGAGACUGCAGCUGCCAAGAACAAGGCCAUGAAGGAAGCAGGAUUUUUCGUUCCAGACUCCUUCGACAAAUUGCCGAACAUGAUCAACCAGGUUUACACACAGCUCGUCAUGGAGGGCGAAAUUGUCGAGACGCCAGAAGGCGAGACCCCUCAGGUGCCAAUGGACUACACCUGGGCCAAGAAGCUGGGCAUGAUCAGGAAGCCUGCCAACUUCAUCUCGUCUAUCUCUGAUGAUCGUGGAGAGGAGCUCACCUACUGUGGAAUGCCUAUCUCCGACGUCUUCCAGAAGGACAUUGGCAUCGGAGGCGCGCUCUCUCUGCUGUGGUUCCGCCGACAGCUCCCGGAUUACUGCACCAAGUUCAUUGAGAUGAUUUUGAUGGUCACCGCAGACCAUGGCCCUGCAGUGAGCGGUGCACACAACACCAUUGUCACAGCCCGCGCAGGCAAGGAUCUCGUCUCUUCUUUGUGCAGUGGCCUGCUGACCAUUGGUCCUCGCUUUGGUGGCGCAUUGGAUGAUGCUGCCAAAAUGUUUGCUGAUGCACAGAGCAGCGGUGUUGCACCCAAGGACUGGAUUGAGAAGAUGAAGAAGAGCAACCAACUGAUCAUGGGCAUCGGACACAGGAUCAAGUCCUUGGCAAACCCUGACCAGCGAGUGGAAAUCAUCAAGGGAUUUGCGAAGAAGAACUUUAAAACCACACCAGUGCUGGACUAUGCCCUGGAAGUGGAACAGAUUACCACUCGCAAGAGAGCAAACCUGAUUCUGAACGUGGAUGGCUGCAUUGCUGUGUCUUUCGUGGACAUGAUUCGCUCCUGUGGCGCGUUCUCCAAGGAAGAGUGUGAGGAUUUGAUGGCUUUCGGCACUCUCAACGGUCUCUUCGUUUUAGGUCGAUCUAUUGGCUUCAUCGGGCACUACCUUGACCAGCUGAGGCUGAAGCAGCCGCUGUAUCGCCAUCCUUGGGACGACAUCACUUACAUCCAGGAGCUUGCUGGACAGGGACCAGAGGGCUUUGGGCCAGCUGGUCCAUUCAUGGGCAUGUUUCACUACUUCAAGUGCUUUCGCUGUCAGCGUGACUUGCACUCCAUCAGCUCCAAGUUUGGUGUCCGCAAUCUGAAGCACCAAGCCAAUUCUGUCUGCUGCGACAACCUUGGUUUCACCCAUGGCAGUUGCCCUGAAUGUGCCUUCUGGUUGGUUUUGGACUGGACUCAUCUGAAAAACCAAAAGUGGGACAAUGGAGGCCGAACAACGGGAGCAAUUUGGGAAAGACGGAAAAGGGGGCACGCGUUGCGUGGCCGUGGCCUGACCCUGAUGGGUUUCCUGGAGCCUAGUCUGGGCUUUGUUUGGGGCGAGCCCAUCAAGGUGAGACAACAGAAACCGGUGGAUGAAAAGUACCUGGACGAGGUUCACGCAAAAGUGGCUGAAUCAGUCAAAGACAUUUUCAGCCGAUACAAGGCUCGAUUUGGCUAUGCAGAUGAUGAGAUCCUGUCCUUGGUAAGUGCGGCAGAUGCAAAGAAGAAGGCGACGAGUCCAAAGGCGAACCACAAAAAGACCUCCUGA